CCCAUGUACAGAUUAUUCAAAGAACAAUACCUCCAAAACCUUUAUUGUUUUUAUGUUCCGAUGCAAACAUUAAAUGUCACAUAAUGAUUGGAAGCCACGGAUACAUGUACAGAUUUAUUUAAACAGAUGAAACAGCAUACAGUUGAAAACACAAUACAGAGAAACAAUUAGCAUAAACAGAAACACUGGAGAUAAUUGCAAGGCUGUGGGCUACACAUAACACCAAUAUAAGUGUUGGUUUGUCGUCAUCAGUUCAAAUUCCAGCCACACCAAGCCUCUGAGCUAAGCUCUUAACCCCAUAGCUCCUCAGUAGUAUAAAUGAGAUAAAUGUACAUCACUCUGGAUAAGGGCAUCUGCCAAAUGCCAUAAAUAUAUAAUUUAAUAAAAUGUUGUUGCAAGAAAGAGCGGGUAAAAUACUGCCAAGUGAAGAUAUGCCACGCUGGUAGACUCCCACCUCAAAGACUGAGUGUUAAAUAAAAUCCUUACAUUUGCUGGAUAAUAGAGUGACGCCUCAGCAUUUUCCUUCCUCAUGUCCCAAACACCGACAUACCAUUUAGUGUUUAUGCAGGUUGAUUGAAGAUCUUAACGAUAAGUUAAGGCUCAGCCCCAGUAAGAACGUGUGACGUAGGCACACACACACACACAUACACACACACACAUGCACACAGAGAGAGAGAGAGACACAGACACCCACCCAAACACAUCCUGAAGCAACAUAUCAGUCUUUUAUAAGUAAAGGACAGGAGAAUCAUCAUAAUGCGGAUUAGAUGGACUUUUUGUCUGUCUACUCUUUUUGUCACCUGUUCACUUUUCGGGUUAAUUUACUUCAACUACACAUCCUUCUGGUUAAGUGUUGUGUUGGACUGCAGAGUAAUAAAGCAUUUAACUAUGGAAUUCAUAUUUCCUGCAGGGAUUGUAUGCAGUCAGCCCAGUAUACAUACAAGUCGUCCAGAUGUUGCCCUAUCAACUCGAUGGUCAGCUCCAAUCGUGUGGCAAGAAACAUUUGACUUGGCUGUGAUUGACAGUAUCUACAAACACCAGAAUAUCACCGUGGCAACCACUGUCUUUGCUCUGGGGAAGUACGUGCGUUUCCUAAAGGUCUUUCUAGAAUCAGCAGAGCAGCACUUCAUGGUGGGCUACACAGUGCAUUAUUACCUGUUUACAGAUCUUCCAGAUGAGGUUCCUGAUGUAAAUCUGGGGAAGGGCCGUAGGUUGACAGUGAUUAAAACACCAAGCUUAAAACGCUGGCAGGAUAUGUCACAACGUAGGAUGGAGAUGAUUGAAAAGUUAAUUGAAGAGGAACUCAUGUUCAGGGUCAACUACAUAUUCAGCCUUGAUGUUGACGCAAAAUUUCAUGCUCAUUGGGGGGCGGAGUCUCUGGGUGACCUUGUCGCGGUGCUGCAUCCCUGGUUGUUUGGAUCAUCUCGGGAAAAGUUCACGUACGAGCGCCGUCCCGAAUCUCAGGCCUACAUACCCCUUGAUAAAGGAGACUAUUACUAUGAAGGAGCCGUGAUCGGAGGACGUCCUGACAAAGUGCUCAAGCUGGCAAAGACGUGCCGCAUGCAAAUGGAGAUGGACCAAGCCAAUCAGAUCGAGGCAGUCUGGCAGGAGGAGUCUCAUCUGAACAAGUACUUCCUCUACAACAAGCCCACCAAGGUGCUCUCACCUGAGUAUCUUUGGAAUGAUCAAUUGGACAAACCCAGCCACAUGAAAGUGGUGCGUUUCUCACAGGUGAACAAGAACUAUGCUGAUGUUCGACCAAACCCUUAAUGCACACUCUAAUCUCAUCUCAUUGCAUAGGUUUUUCACCCUGUUUCUCAAUUUAAACUGUAGAGAAGAGAAGAUAAAGGAAAUAAUUUAUUUGAAUCUAUCAUCAUCUCUCAGCCUUCAAACAUUGACAACAGCAGGCUCCUCUUCCUCUCAACACUUUUGUCAUCAAACAGCCGUCCUCCUCCCAGCCAUGUCACAACAAAUGUUAAACAGAAUCUAGCAUUUUGGAAAUGUUAAAAUUCCAGAACAGGGCAUCCAUUCAAAGAAAUCAUACAUGAACAUUCAUGGAACCAAGCGUUCCCAAAACAAAAGCAAUCCAUAAAUUUUUGCUUGCCCUCAAACAAUAGACCCAGUGUUGAUGAGAUAUACAGUAAAUUGUGUUUUGUUGUGUUGAUUUUGUGUUUGUAAGUGAAACUUUGUUAUUAAAACACAAUAAAGAAAAUGAUUGAAGGAAAUCUAAAUGAAUUUCCCAACAUUCA